AUGGCCAACGCUGAACUUCCUCAGGGGCUUUUUCGACUCUCAAGAAAGCAGUCCACCUAUCUACAGGUCCUUGCCAACACACGCUACCCAGAACUGCCAAACAUGAUGCGAACGGCUAUUCUCCCACCGGCCCCGCUGCACCCAAGUGAUCCCCAUAUAGUUCUAGUAUAUGAUGCUGGCGAUAGCUCUGCAGUCUGGGCUAGUCUGCAAGCUCAAGUUGGCCAUUAA